UCAGUGUGUCAUGUCGUCAGCGCGCGUGGUUACUUAGGAGUAUGUCUUAGUUGUGAAAAACAAAACCGAAAUAAGUUUUUCAUUAAACAUAACAAUCCAAAAAGAAAAUAUUAAACAAUUGCAAAACGAAACGCAAAUACAAACUAAAGUGAAGUGUGUGCUGGGAAGUUCUCAACUUCUAUAAAAGUUAUAAAUAAAGGUUUCUUACUUAACCAAGGAAAUGAGUCUGCCGUCGGGUGUGGACAUGCAGAAUCUAAUGUCCCAGCAUCCGGUUUUGGGAGCACUGCCACCUGCUUUCUUCUUGAGAGCCGCCUCAGAGCGCUAUCAAAGGACUCCCAAAUGCGCCCGCUGCAGGAAUCAUGGCGUGGUCAGCGCCUUGAAGGGUCACAAACGCUAUUGCCGCUGGCGGGAUUGUGUCUGCGCCAAAUGCACACUUAUUGCGGAGCGUCAAAGGGUUAUGGCUGCUCAGGUUGCCCUCCGUCGGCAGCAGGCCCAAGAAGAGAACGAAGCCCGUGAACUGGGCCUCCUGUACACCUCGGUUCCUGGCCAGCAGAAUGGCAGUGAUAGUGCCACACCCACACCACACAGUCCCAAUCACAGUGGCAGCGGUGGAUCGGCCAGUGGAGGAUCCGGACAGAAUGGUGUAUUUCAUGGAGGGAUUCCCUCGCCGCCGAGCGACGGCUUCGAGGCCAGCUCCACACCGAAUCAUCACCAGCAAUCGCAGCAGCAACAGUCGCACCACCAGCAGCAGCACAGCCACCAGCUCCAGCAGUCCCAGCGAUUCAAUGGCAAUGAAUCCGACACGGAUGGACGCACCCGUUCCGAGCACCUCAGUGUGGGUUUCUCGCCCACGAGGACCGAGUUGGAUGAGAGUCCUGUUUCCAAGCGAGGUGCAGCCUUGUCCAACGAAACCGACCAGGACACGGGCUCUGAGUCCGGAUCACCAAGUAGUCCCCGGCCAAAGGUCGCUGGUCUCUUCAAUUUGACCGCCAGUUUGUCGCCCGCCCGCACAGGACCGCCCAGCUCGCCGGAAUCCGAUUUGGAUGUGGACUCGGCGCCCGAUGAGGCCACACCGGAGAAUCUUAGUCUCAAAAAGGAGGACAGCCAAUCGCCGCCCAAUACGCCCGCCGAAAAUCUGCAUUUGCUGCGUUCCUUUAGCAGCAGUCAUGCCCAGGGUUUCCUGCCAUAUCACCACACGCAGUUCCUGGCCGCCGCCGGCUUGCCUGCCCACCACCACCCACCGGCCCACUCGCCACACCACCAGCAGCAUCAACAACAACAACAGCAGCAGCAGCAGAACCACCUCCCACAGCACCAUCAAGCACAACAGCAGCAGCAACAACAGCAGCAGAGAUCUCCCAUUGAUGUCCUGAUGAGGGUAUUCCCCAAUCGCCGGCGCAGCGAUGUGGAGCAGCUGAUGCAAAGAUUCCGUGGCGAUGUCCUCCAGGCCAUGGAGUGCAUGUUAGCUGGCGAGGAUUUGGGUCAGACUCCGCCCCAGGUCCCACCGUCACCGCCUUUCCCCAUGAAGUCCGCCUUCUCUCCCUUGGUGCCGCCCUCGGUUUUCGGUUCCCCAACACAUCGCUAUCAUCCCUUCAUGCAGGCGCAUGCCAAGAGGUUCCUGACUGCUCCCUACGCCGGGACCGGCUAUCUUCCGGGUGUCCUUAGUGCGGCGGACAUCGAGCAAUCAGAGUCCAAUGGAGCGGGUGGUAUUGGAUUGGAUCGCAGCAGCAACGCUGGGGACUCUCAGGAUUGAGGCAGCGAGGUGGAGGCCAGUGGCUCCGCCGUCUUCAGGCCUUUCGAGUAGGUUUUUCCCCACUCCUACUCUCCGGAAAAAGAAGAUACUUCUAAAGCUAAAAUAAAGUUCAACUAGAGUCGGAUUUUUAUAUUUUGAAAUUCGAAGAUAAUGCAAGGACGAACUAUAAUCCUCAUUUCAAGGAGUGGUCAUGGUCAUCAAAGAUUAUUUUUCCCCAGUGUAAGAACCCUUAAACUAAGUGUAAAUUAUAUUUACCCUUAAACUUCUAGCACAAGUAUUGUAAAAUAGAAAACGUAAUAAUAAUUUGUUUAAAAAUAAGUUAAGGAGACCAUAAACUCGAUCCCAGUUAAGAGCCAUAAGAUGUAUUAGCUGAAAUUCAAAUUACACAGACGAUGAGAUUACUGUGUAAGGGACUUGGUUGCAGCCAACUCGAUUGAGAUAUCCGUGUGUACCAUAUA